AUGACAGAAGGUGCCUCAUUACAAGAGCAGCUGCUUGAUGCAUCAAGACGCAACAAUGUAGAUUUGCUAGGGACAGUUUUUCAAGCAUUGGGUUCGCAUGAAAAGCAGAUCGCCGAGCUAAUCAACUCGGCUUCGGAUCCUACGGGGAACUCCAGCAUCCAUUUGUGCUGCCAGUAUGGAUCCUGGGACGUGCUAGACCAGAUUCUUGACCAAGAAGGGGGAAUUGAGAUUGACUCUCGUAAUAAGAUCGACGGAGACACACCAUUGCAUGUAGCAGUGCGUUAUGCUCUAACGGAGCCCGAGCAUGGUACGUUUAUUGCGCAAAAUCUAAUAGAAGUGGGGGCCGAUCCUAGAGUUCCCAACAAGGCGGGCCAGAAACCUUUGGACCUGGUCCAUGGUCCCGACCUGGAUAACCUGAUCGACAUACUCCAGGCUGCAGAGCUCGCCGCAGAUUCUCAGGGCGUGGUAAAUGAAGAGGACGCAGAGCUGAUAGACGAUGGUCCUGAGGAUUAG